UUGCCUCUUUUGAUAACGAAACAGAAACAUCUUGCAACUUAACUCCACCACGAGAUAAGCGGCCCUUGACAGAGUGUAAACGUUAUGGUGUCUAAUUGCUCAUUUAAUGGCAUUAGCACAUCGUUCGUAGAGUAAGUAAGGAUGAAAGAACUGGGAAAUGAUUCUAUUCUCCAAAAAUGCCGGAGGAAAUACUCGAUGAUUUUUGUUUUCAAACGAAGUUCGGUCGGGAUCAUCUGCUGAACCCAAUUUACAAGGGUGAGAGAUUGUCAACUGCUGGCAUCUGCGACAGUUUUUGGGAACAUUUAUCAAUGUCAUCGUUCCAAAGCUUAAUUACAUUUGCAGAUACUGCUGCUCGUAAGUUAACACGGAUGAGAGAGGCCAGUAUGACAAAACCACGGGUGUCUCAAAAGUGAGUGUGUACGCUUUCAUGAAGACGCUUUGGUCAAGAAAGAAAAACAGCUACACAAACGCUCUCGGAGAAUCGGCCACAUCGACAAAAUAGGUACAAUGGAUGCCAAUCCAUUCUCGAUUGAGAGCAUUCUUAAAAAGAAACCGGUUCCCUCGUCCGUGAAUGAUACGGAGGAAACUCAGCCGUCCAAAUCAAGAGAAGCACUUUCACUGGCCGUGAAACUUGCAGAUGUUAUCUUAGAGGCUCGACAAGAAAAGACGCGACGUACACCACGGCGCACGCGCACUGCCUUCACCCACCAACAAUUAGGAAUCCUGGAAAAAUCCUUCAGUAAAACACACUACCCGGAUGUAGAGCUCAGAGAGCAACUUGCUGAAAAAACUAACUUACAAGAAGGGAGAAUUCAGGUUUGGUUUAAGAAUAGACGUGCUAAAUACCGCAAGGAAGCAAGAACUUGCCUUCUUCUCGAGGAUUACGAAAGUGAAGAGGAACAAAUCCCCGCCGUUUGCCCAGUGACGCCGACCCAAUCAUCGCUGCCUUUUUUUCAGUAUAACACAGUUCCUUAUUGUUUCAACCACAGUGAACCCUUUGAUUCAAUAAGAACUUAUGGACACUCUUCAGCUAUGUACCCCCAGUUGAGUAGACACACCCAGUUGACCUCACAUGCUCACUUGACACAGCCGCUUGGAAUACACGGCUGGCAGCCUGUGUCGACAAAUGUGAUGAUGAGUAACGCACAUUUUGGAGAUAUGUGGAAUGGAUGAAAAACAAUUAUCGAAAUCGUUCAAAGUGUAUUUUAUAGAUCACUGCAACAGAUUCGAAACAGUAUUUGUGUGUGUGGUGCAUUUUGAUCCACGUUAUACGAUCGUCUUUCGCCGCGACUCAUCCCGAGUAGCUGACAUUUAUUGUACGCCUCAUAAGAAAAAAAAUGUUGUCGUUAUAUAAUUCACUAGUAAUAAAUGCAGUGCCUAACUUACGCGUAACGGACGCUAAAAGUCGGCGUGAGAAUGUUGUACUACAAAUGAAAAAACAAAUGAAAUAAGGAAGAUUCAUUAAAUCGACAGAAUGUGAGUCGUUGUUUUUUCGAUCGAAAAAGACUAAUGAAUUCAAAAUCAGUACAUCCUAUGACGAUAAAAAUUUUUUCUUUUCACACCUCUGUGCUUUAGUUUGCAAUCAAUAAAUCGUCUUCUUACGUCUUAUGAAAAGCUCAUAUCGAUUUUUCAGUUAUUGAUGUAAAAUACGGGAGAAGAGGGCUGAAAAUAUCCACGGAAAUAUCAUUGUAAGAACUUUUCAAAAAGCUAGUGGUGUAAUAAUGUUUUUCUUUUGUCGCCGUCUUAACGGAAACACAUAAAUACCGAUUAAAAUUCUGUAUAUAAACUUUAGAACUAUGGAUCUUUAAAAUCAGUGACAUCGACAAUCAGGGUAACGGUUAUGACUGCUGUAAGAGAAUGAUUUUUAGAAAAGGUUUGUUUUGAAAAAUAAAAAUCCAGCAGUCACAGCAUCA